AUGUUGGCAGACCAGAAUAGGUUUGACGAUGCUCUUCAGAUGCUUGAUAAAAGCAUCCAAGUUUGUUAUCGACUAAAAGGGCAGGGUCCAUGCAUUAAAGGAAUAUUGGCACAAUCGCUUGACACCAAAGCAGGACUUUUGCAACUGCAAGGCAAGUUCGAAGAUGCCACGGAGAUUCUUUACAAAGUGGUUGGGAUACAAAAGGAAUCCCUAGGCGAAAUGCACCCCGCAACAGCAGAAGCCUACGAAACUCUUGCAAAUGCAUAUGUCUUACAAGAAAUGCUCCAAGAUGGAAUUGCUGCGAGUGCAGAAGCCCUCAAGAUUCGUCGAAGAACAAUUGGCGACGAUCAUCCUGACACGAAAAGGCGUAUGGAAGCGCACAGAUCGUUGUUGAACCGUCUUUUGGAAAAUCGGGGCUAA